AAUAGCAUAGUACAUAAAAUCAUAAUAAAUUUUAUUUAAAUUCUUACAAAUUUAAAUUUAGCACUUAAAUUCAUAUUUUCAAACGCAAUUUGAAAGCAAUAGUCAAAAUGAAAAAGAACUUGACAAUCAUAUUAUGUCCUAAAAAACUAGGAAAUGCUUCCUAACCAAUUAAGAGUCUUCAUCAAGAAGUGACACCAGAGAGGCUCGAGCCAAAAAACACGAUUUAAGAAGCAUGGCCGGAACGGAAAGAAAAGUGUGGCCAUACCCAGAAGUAGUCGUCUUGGUGCCACCCCCUCAAAACCACUGUGGGCGGGUGAACAUGGUGAGUAAGAACGCCAGGGAGAUCUGUGAAAAGCCCAGAGCAAUAAGUGCUGAGACAACGAAGAUAAUGAAUGCAGGGCGGUACUCAUGCGCUACUGCGGCGUCAGUGUCUUGCUUGAACCCUCCUGGUAUUGUUGCAAAAGCAACUGUCGCGAUGAGUGCUGCAACGACGGAGCUUACGUUAGUGUUGUUGUUUAUCCAUUCAUUAGCUUCUUUUGCUCUUUGUGUGUCUAACGUUUGUUCCAUGGCGGGUGGUUCAGCUGCGGCGGCGCAGGCUGGCGGCCGGACCGGCGUUCGUAUCGUCGUUGCCGGUGACCGCGGUACGGGCAAAUCGAGCUUGAUUGUCACUGCCGCCGCUGAAACCUUCCCUCCCAAUGUCUUUCCGUUGCUGCCUCCUACGAAGUUGCUAGAAGAUUUGUACCCUGAUCGGGUGCCCGUCACCAUCAUCGACACCUCCUCUAGCGUGGAGGGUAGAGGAAAGCUGGCAGACGAAUUGAGGAAAGCUGAUAAACAUAUUCAGAGACACACAAAGAGCUGGCAAAAGAAGCUAAUGAAUGGAUAAACAGCAACUCCAACAUAAGCUCUGUCGUUGUUGCACUCAUCGCGACAAUUGCUUUUGCAACAAUACCAGGAGGGUUCAAGCAAGACACUGACGCCGCAGUAGCUCAUGAGUACCGCCCUGCAUUCAUCAUCUUCGUUGUCUCAGCCCUUAUUGCUCUUGGCUUUUCACAGAUCUCCUGGCCUUCUUACUCACCAUGUUCACCCGCCCGCCACCGAGAAGUGGUUUUGAAGUUGUGACACCAACACGACUACUUCUGGGCAUGGCUGCACUUUUUUCUUUGUUUUUUCCGUUCUGGUGUCACUAUGAAGACUCUUUAUUGGUGAGGCGGCAUUUC